AUGUCGAGCCUCGCGAUGAGUCAGUCAUGUAUGCUUGCAAUCGAAGAUAACGUCCACUGCGGGCCGUACCUGCAGACCCUAUUCUGCGACACGUACUACUACAUCGCAGCUAAACAUACUAACGUGUAUCUCUCAUGGGCCGUUUAUCUACCAUGGACACUGUAUGACUAUCUUAAAUCAUUGUUUGAUUCAUUCAGCAGUAUCUCUUGCCAAGAUUGGGGAUGCAGCACAUGCGUCGACGGCAGCUCUUGUAAACCGGGCAAGCACGGCGAUGGCUACGGCUGCAAGUGCCGAUCGCUGGUGGGAUGCCGCGGUGUGAUGAGCAUUUUAUACAGUUACGGCUUCACAUUUGGCGACGUCAAAAAAUUGUUAUCCGGUGAUCAAAGAAGAUACUGCCGUAACCUGUACGCGCAAUUACAAAACGUACUAAAAUCGCAAUAUUUCACCAAAUUAUUUGAGGAAUGUGACAACUUCAUUUGGACUAUCAGACAACCCUUCUCCUACCUUGUCCUUACCCUCUGGCUCCUCUCUUUCCUGUACCUCAUCCACAUCAUGGUCAUCCGCCUAGACCUCCUCCACAUCAAAUCGCAUCUACAUAGUCCCUCGAGUCAUAGGAUUGCUGCUCAAUCACUACUUGCUGCUGGACGUGUUAACAAGCUUAACAGAGUGUUUUACCUGCAGCCGUAA